AUGCACCCUCCCGAACCGGCUCCAUCGACCGCAGAUGUUCACGAUGCUCCUUUCCCUACAUUGCCCUCAUCUAUUGCGUCCUCAAGCAUGGCAACGACGACUACCUCUAUCGUCGUCGGUAUAGCGACUGCUGCUUCAGCUGCUCGAUCUUCUAUCUUGCCGCUGGCUUCGUCCACCCCUUCCGCAACCUCUUCAACGACUCCUCCCGAUGGCGAAAAUACUGGCGAAUGCAAAUUAUUAGGUCCAUUCGCCAUCUUGGUUCAAGGAGCGCUGGGAGCCCUUGCGCUGACUUCGUUGGUGUACAAACGAUGGAGGGAGAGACCACAACGACCGAUCAAAGUUUGGUUAUUUGAUGUAUCUAAGCAAGUGGUGGGAUCAAUCCUCCUCCAUCUGACCAAUCUCGUCAUGUCGAUGUUUUCCUCCGGACAGAUUCAAGAAAGUUGGGCCCGUAUUACUCCAAGAGCUGGGGGGGAAGAGAGAGUGGAGAAAUAUCAGCCAAAUCCCUGCUCAUUCUACCUCCUCAAUUUAGCCAUCGAUACCACCAUUGGCAUACCUAUAUUGAUCGGGAUUCUCAGGAUUUUAACCGUGGGAGCCAGUUACACAUGCCUUGCCAAACCCCUCGAGUCAAUCGAGUCCGGUAAUUAUGGCAACCCUCCUGACGCUUCCUGGUGGCUCAAGCAAUGUCUGAUCUACUUUCUGGGGUUGAUGGGGAUGAAAGCCUGCGUGUUCGUGAUUUUCCAACUGUGUCCAUGGCUUGGGCGAGUGGGAGAUUGGGCGCUUCGGUGGACAGAGGGGAAUGAGGCCAUUCAGAUUGCCUUUGUCAUGCUCAUAUUUCCAUUGAUCAUGAACGCGGUACAAUACUAUAUUAUCGACACAUUUAUCAAGAGCAACAAAGGUCCACGAGAUGAAUUAGAGGAAGACGUGGGUGACGGAGGAGACAAUGAACGUGGUGGUCUAUUGGCAGGUGAAGUCCCGGGACACGGUCGAUCGAUUGAUGAAGACGUGGUAUACAAGGCCGACGAUGCCGACCCCAAGAUCCUAAGCCCAAGGAUUGUUGCGCCUUAUUAUGACCCCGAUAAAGACGGGGAAGUGGACACAAACAGCCGCCAUGGCGGAAGCAGUAGCCUCACCGGUCGCGCGGAAGAAGAAGCGGUGGAACACAGACCGCGCGUAUGA